AUGAGGCCAUUUUUGUGCCCAGAAAUUUGCGAGCCUCACGCCAUUUGCCGCCAAAGACAUUGCCCGAGGAAUUCGAGCAACGCCAAACCAAUCGCGUCAGCUAUUGGCAAUCACCAGCUAGCACCAGCCAAGCUCCGGCUGUUCAACGGGGAGCCACAACUCGGGCUCGAUCAAGAUUUCGACCAAAACCAACGUCAAAAGCGACGGAUUUCCCAGAAACGUAUGCGUCCCGAACUUGCGGCAAGUUGUGCAAACUACGCAAAAGCCCGUCAGGUCCCUGAUGGUUACGGUAUAUUCCGGAUGCCAGAUGGCCAAUUAACUAACAAUACAGUACGACGCGGGGCGUUAUUUUGCAGAAGUGGGAGUUGGUUAGAGAUUCUUGACGAGCGGGAAUCGUCUCGAAGAAAACGGGACACGACUCAAGAUAAUUUAAUUUGGGGGAAUUUACAGACUCGCAGUGAAUUUAGUAUACUUCACUUUAUCUCUGUUGCGAUUGGCCUUGUGUCUAUAAGAGGCGAAAAGUCGAACAGAUUUUUAUGUAUGGACAAUUCAAGCAGACUCUACGCUGCGCCAGCCGAUCACUAUUCCGCGGAAUGUGUUUUCCUAGAAGAAAUGCUGGAAAAUUACUACAACCUAUAUUCCUCCUGCGCUCACUACCCGUCAACGAUAGACGCCAAAUUCAAGCCAUGGUACGUGGCGAUACGGAAAGACGGCCAUCCCCGAAAAGGUCGGAAUUCACGGAAAAGACGAAGAUCAGCCCACUUUCUCGUCGUGCAUUUUGACAUAGCCCAAAAUGUGCCCGACGACAUUGACGUGACGCAUUUAUUAAGGGUGGUAUCCAGCUCGAUUAGAAGGUCGACAGGGGAUAAUGCUAUUGAUGAGAGCAAAUGGCAAGGAGCUGAUUAUCCGAUGGUUCCGACGGCUCCGACUAUUAUCGCCACUCCAAAACCUGACGAUGGGAAGCAGAAAAAGAAAAAGAAAAAUAAGAGAAGAGAGGAGAGGUUGAAGAAGGAGCGAGAGGAGCGAGAAAAGAGGCAGAGAUUAAUUGAGCAGCAGCGUCAGGAGAAGUGGAAGAAGAGCGUGAACGACGUCGACAACAGGAAAUCAAGCGGAUGGCCGAGAGGAGAAAGAUGGGUUACGGACCCUCCACCAAUUCAUACCGGAAGCCGUACAACCGGAAUUAUCCCGACAACGUUGAAUUUUAUCCCUACGCCCCUACCAGAAGACCCAAUCACGAGAAUUUACCUAGCUACCAAUCUCCGUAUCGUGAUAAAC